CUUAAUCAGUGGAUUUCGAAACCAUUUGGGGGUUGCCGAAGGUUCUGGGAAUGCCACCCCACUUUUCCUUUUCUUUUCUCUUGAGCUGCCAGUCAACCAAAGGACGAAUUCAAGAACGUUCGCGCACGGUGAACAACGAUCCACAUAUGGAGCAGCCACGAGAUCGAACCACAAUUGUUAGCGAGGCCGAGGUAUCCGGUGAUCAACUUCAAGAUCUACAACGGGAAGCAGAACGAUACCGUCGCGCUACAAUUGCUUUCAUUGAAAGCAUCCGUCGCUGCAAUGACGAGGAGCUCCAGGACCUAUUAGGAUCUAUCCGAAAUUCUAAAAGUGUGGCGGAAGCCAUUCAUAUUUUUUUGGAUCCUGAAGACCGUUGACGGGGCGGAGAAUUAGAAAGGACUUCGACACGCCGUCCACAAUCUAUCUCUGUAUAAACACGUCCACCAAGCCCCAGAAAACAAAUUUCCGACCAAGCAAACGUACACAAACUGAGAUGAACAUUAUGCCGAUUUGAUGAUUCGAGAAAAUCUGCAAUAAAACCCAGUGUAUGGAGGUUGAUAUGUAUGGCCACCAAAUUAUGUCAAAAGGAGAGGUAUUCUAGAGCUGUACCCCGCAAGAGAUUAGCAAGCUUAACCCGAGAUGGAAACUCAAGGUACUGUUAAACCCUCAGCAGUGAAGAACCUAGAUAGAGCAGGUCAUCCCUGCCGAGAGAGACUUGUAUCGAUACAACUUGGGAUACGCAAUCAGGUACCAUUACUAUGUAAAGUCAG